GUACCUCUUUUUCCAGCUGAACUGAUGAGUUAAGUAGGUGGCGUUUAGGAAAACGAGCACUUCUCGCCCGCCAUGGAGCUUGCGGCGCCAGAAGUGGCUCUCGAUGGGGCGAAGCUGCUGGGGAGCCGGACAUCAAAAUCCCCGGGAGCCCCCAGGUCGCCCCUCGAUCGCGAGGCUGUGCUGCAUGAGCGCCCCCUCCUGGCGCUGCCAGAGCAACCAGCAGCCGAAGAAAAGUUGCUGGGCCAGCAGUACCUAUGUAGGUCAGGCUCUGCCCCUGAGGAAGAAACCUUUGCCAAGACCAGUGAUCCUGCAGUCCCCAAAGCUUUCAGGUGCCGGAGUUGUGGGCUAGCUGUAGCCAAGCUCUCUGACCUCAUUCACCAUCAAAGCAGCCAUGGGUGUGACCGGCCUUACAGCUGUCCAGAGUGUGACAAAAGCUUCCGGCGUGGCUCAGAUCUGGUUAAGCAUUACAGAGUGCACACUGGUGAAAAGCCAUACCCCUGCCCGGAAUGUGGCCGUUGCUUCAGCCUCAGCUCCAAUCUCACUAAACACCGGCGUUCUCACUCAGGUCUCCGGCCUCAUAAGUGCAUGGAGUGCGGAGAGGCCUUUGGCCGCAGUGCAGACCUAGCAAAGCACCAGCGGGUGCACACUGGGGAAAAGCCCUAUGCUUGUGCCGAGUGUGGUAAGGCUUUCCGGGUUAGCUCCAACCUGAUCCAGCACCAGCGUACUCACACUGGCGAGAAACCCUACCGCUGUGGACUCUGUGGCAAGAGUUUUAGCCUGAGCUCCAACCUUUUACAGCACCAGCGCUGUCACACAGGUGAGAAGCCCUACUUUUGUGCCUGGUGUGGAGACAGCUUUGGGCGCAGUUCCUAUCUGCUGGAACACCAGCGUUCACACACAGGGGAGAAGCCCUACAAUUGCUGUGAAUGUGGCAAGAACUUCACCAACAGCUCAAACUGCCUACGGCACCAGCGCACUCACAAUGGAGAGCCACCCUUCAGGUGUCUUGAAUGUGGACGUGGCUUUAGUGAGAACACCAUGUUCACUGAACACCAGCGCAUCCACUUGACCAAAUGACCUUUCUAGAAUGUGGCAAAAUCUUACACCACAGCUCCAUCAAUAUUCACACGUGGGCAAGAAACCCUAGAAGUUUCCUGUGGACAAGACCAGCAUAUGCACACAGGCCUCACAUUUGCAGCAAGUGUGCCAAGAGAGUUCCCACUUACUUCUGCAGGUGACCCACAGUAGCAAGACCUCCUUCUGCCUGUAAUGUGGCAAGGCCUUUGUCCAUAACUCUCAACCUUGUCUAGUACCAAUGGAUCUUCUAAGAUGAG